AUGGAGAGACUGGUUCCACGAGUGCUUCCACUUCGGCCUGGGUGGCCCGUAAAAAGAGUGCCGUCAAAAUUGCGGCCAUGUCUCUUGCCAACUCGCACAAGUCUUGCCACACGCUUGACUCACAGCCUGCCUCAGCGCUCCCAGGGGCUUCAGUUGCGUGACUAUCAGGAAGAAUGCAUCCAGUCCGUGCUGAAGUCUCUGGAGAAUGGCAGCAAACGUCUUGGUGUUUCGCUGGCUACGGGCAGCGGCAAGACGGUCAUAUUCACUCAGCUCAUCGGUCGGGUCAGUCCGCUAUCCGAGACGGCAACCCAGACUCUGAUUCUCGCUCACAGGCGGGAGCUCGUGGAGCAAGCCGCACGCCACUGUUCCCUGGCCUACCCGGAUAAGACCAUCGAACUCGAGCUUGGCAAGUUGUCAGCCUCCGGCACUGCUGAUAUCACCGUUGCCAGCCUGCAGAGCAUCACCUCGCGAGACCGCCUACUCAAAUUUGACCCUGGCAGGUUCAAAUUGAUCUUGGUCGACGAAGCCCACCACAUUGUUGCUCCAGGCUACCUGAGAGUUCUCGAUCAUUUCGGCCUGAAGACCAAGCAGCCAUGCUCGCCGCACCUGGUUGGCGUUUCUGCCACAUUUUCUCGGUUCGACGGUCUUAGGCUGGGGGCGGCUAUUGACGAGAUAGUGUACCACAAGGACUAUGUGGACAUGAUUGGGGACAAAUGGCUAUGCGACGUCAUCUUCACCACCGUCGAGAGCAAGGCGGAUCUUUCCAAGGUCAACAGGAAAGGAAUAGGGGGCAGUGGUGAGUUCGACACCGAGUCCCUGUCCCGCGCCGUCAACACGGUCGAGCUCAACGACAUUGUCGUUCGGUCCUGGUUUGCCAAGGCUGCUGGAAGGAAAUCGACCCUGGUGUUCUGCGUUGACUUGAAUCACGUCUCCGCUCUAACCCAAAGAUUUCGUCACUACGGUGUUGACGCCCGGUUUGUCACCGGUGACACGCCCGCUCGCGAGAGGGCCGAGCGUCUAGACGCCUUCAAAAGGGGCGAAUAUCCCGUCUUGGUUAACUGCGGUGUCUUCACCGAGGGCACUGAUAUUCCCAACAUUGACUGCAUUGUGUUAGCCAGGCCCACACGGUCCCGGAAUCUGCUUAUCCAGAUGAUUGGACGUGGCAUGAGACUCCAUCCCGGCAAGACCAACUGCCACAUUAUCGACAUGGUUGCCGGACUCGAGACUGGCAUUGUCACCACUCCCACUUUGUUCGGGCUGGACCCCAAUGAGAUUGUGAGCGAAGCCACGGGUGUGAAUAUGCAAGAACUGCGCCAACGUCGAGACGCCGAGAAAGCGAGAGCUGCCCAAGUCAUAGAGAGUAGCCCAACCACCGAGCCGACAAGGCGCUCUUAUAACAUCACCUUCACCGAAUACGACUCUGUCUUCGAUCUGAUCGCUGAUACGUCCGGGGAAAAACACAUCCGCUCCAUUAGCCAACUUGCUUGGGUACAGGUUGCGCCGGAACGCUAUAUCCUCUCGACCGGUGCUUCAGGAACAUUUUUGAAGUUGGAGAAGGUUGCCCAUGCAGAGCCAGACGACCCGCAGUAUAAAGCAUGGGAAGUUAGGGCAUUGCCACCUGGAGUGUCAAAAUCGCCCUUUGCAGCGCCGCGCGAGAUUCUGAGUGCAUCAACAUUUGCGGACGCCGUGCAUGGUUCUGACAAGUAUGCGGAAGAACACUAUCCGUUCUCCAUCGUCUCCACAAGAAUGGCGUGGAGAAAGGGGCCAGCGACGGAAGGACAGCUAGAAUUCUUGAACAAGUUCAGACCGGCAGACGAUAAACUCGGACCAGGAGACGUGACGAAGGGUCGGGCGGGCGACAUGAUUACCAAGAUCAAGCAUGGCGCUCGGGGCAGAUUCGCAAGUAUCGAAUCUGUCAAGAAAAGGGAGCAGAGAUUAGCCCUUGCUGCCGAACUGGAUCGCGCGCGGAGACUUAGCGAGAGGGUUUCUGUCGGGCCUUUAUCCCCGUGA